AUGAGUGGAACCGUAAUUCGUUUCGAUGUCCGAGGCAAGCACCUAUCGGAGGCUCGUCACUGGUCUGCACCGGAGGUGUUCGGACCUCGAGCCCAUUUCUCAACGUCGCCUCCGCCCGCUUCCCUCCUCGUGAGAGAUGUGAAAAGGCGAGACGAAGGCGUGUACAGAUGUCGUGUGGACUUCAGAAACACGCAAACCACUAGCUUUAGAUAUAACCUAACUGUUGUUGUUCCACCAGAAAAGCCAGUGGUAGUAGACAGGUGGGGCCGCGUGAUCAACGCCACGACGCUAGGCCCUCAUGAAGAGGGUGACGACGUUCUCCUCACAUGUCGAGUACUAGGAGGUCGACCAGAGCCAUCAGUGCGGUGGCUUGUCAACGGUGUGCUUGUUGAUGAAGAAUAUGAACAUAACACAGGAGAUGUGAUAGAAAAUAGACUACUCUGGCCUGCGAUACGACGCGCCGACUACGCGGCAGUCUUCACAUGUCAAGCGGCGAACUCUCAUUUAGUGCCGCCUAAAGAAGUUUCCCUAGUUCUAGAUAUGUUCUUACGACCACUCACGGUGGAUAUCAAGAAACCAUCAGAAAUAGGUGAAGGAGGUGUUUUAACGGCAGAGAGACGGUAUGAAGUCGCCUGCGAGUCGGCCGGCAGCAGGCCUCCAGCGGCCAUCACGUGGUACAAAGGGAAGCGGCAACUUAAAAGAAUAACGGAGGAGCUUCGUGACAACCUCACGGUCAGUGUGAUGAGCUUCGUACCGACUCUGGACGACGACGGCAAGCCCAUCACUUGCCGCGCUGAAAACCCAAAUGUUACCUCUUUGUUCCUGGAAACAUCGUGGACUAUAAGCGUUGUUUAUCCUCCUGUAGUGAAGUUGCGACUAGGCAGCUCGCUCGCGGCGGGUGACAUCAAAGAAGGCGACGACGUCUACUUCGAAUGCCACGUGCGAGCAAACCCACCCGCUAGGAAACUGUCGUGGCUACAUGACGAUCGGCCGCUGGCACACAACGCGACCGCGCGCGUUUUCCACAGCAACCAGAGCCUCGUGUUGCAGAAAGUGACACGCCAUAGUAGCGGCCGCUACGCGUGUUCCGCGCUCAACGCCGAGGGAGAGACCGUCUCCAAUGAACUACAUUUUCGAGUUAAAUACGCGCCGUCAUGCCGGAGUGGUGGAGUGUCGGUUGUGGGCGCGGCGCGCGGCGAGUCCGUGGUGAUCGUGUGUGAGGUGGACGCCGACCCGCCUGCCGCUGUUUUCAAGUGGAAGUUCAACAAUUCCGGAGAAACACUAGACGUUGCUGCAGAUAGAUACACGUCCAACGGCAGCGCCUCUAGCCUUAAAUACACCCCGGUGGCGGAUCUCGACUACGGCACGCUGUCCUGCGCGGCCGCUAAUGACGUCGGCGCUCAACUCGCUCCCUGCGUCUUCCAGAUGGUGGCCGCCGGUAAGCCGCACGCGCCACGCAACUGUUCGCUUUGGAACCAGACGGCGGACUCGGUGGAGGUGUCGUGUGUCGCGGGCUUCGACGGCGGACUGCCGCAGAGGUUUUUACUCGAACUAUACUCAGGGGACGAGGAUAAGCCAAGAGUGAACCUCACGUCAGACGAGCCAGUGUGGACGGUGCGCGGGCUCGAGUGGGAGGUGCGCUUCAGACUGGUGGCCGUGGCCGUCAACAGCAAGGGUCGCUCGGCGCCCGCCAGGCUAGACGACCUGCUGUUCCCUGAUCCUGAGAAGAGAACAGCAUCCGAGAGCGCCCUAGGCGCGGGAGCGGCGGGUGCCGCGGGCGCCACCGUCGCAGGCGCGGGGGCCGCCCUCGCGCUAGCUCUCGCCGCCUGGCGCGCCGCGAGACGACGACGCAAGCCUCGGAAACCGCCCGCCCCGCAAGAGAAGACUGUCGACCACGAUGAUGCUGAACCAGACCUCAUACCUAAUAAUUACUGCGAAACUUCGAGUGCGCCGUGUUUGGCGGCCACCUCGCCGGGACGCACUGCACCGGCCCCUCUCACUACACCGGCCUGCAACGGGCCCGGCGCGUCGUGGACGUGGGGCGCGCGAGGCGCCACACCGGCCGCCGCCAUCGGCCGCAGCGCGUCCGCCUCGCUGCGACCGGCGCCCGACCUCAACGUCGACGCCAUCAAGGAGAAGCUGUUGGACAACCGGAUUCCGGAGUCUUGUGUG